GAUCAAAUUUGGUGGAACAAGGAGCCCGAGAGUCCGUAGACUCUAGAGUUUCUUUUUGCUGUUCUUACAUCGUCGUUGUACGAAGUAUUAUGCCUGGCGCAUGUCGCCAUCAGGAGACCGCCGGGUUUGAAGACGAUAACCAUUUUGCCACAGACGGAGUUGUCAUCAAAAUCUUGAUCACCUUUGCUCAAGCACACGAUUGCAUUCUCAGACUUUCAACGCUUUCGCUAGAUUUUGGGCUGCUCGCGGGGCAGAUGCGCCUGAGCCUCCCUACUGUUGAUCCACCGGCGAACGUUCCUUUUUAUCUUCUCCAACGGGCCGUCGUCCAGGACCGCUUGGAUGCACCCUCUAAAUCCUUUUCUCCGGGCUUUCUUUCGGAGCACUGUGCCGGGGCAGUUCUGCUCGUCCCCGUCAGUGAAUCUUUAAUCGGAUCACGCGAUCGUGAAUCGUCAUUACUUUACUCCGAUCUCGUCGUUUCUGAAGAGUUCUUGGGCAGCCAUACCUUACGGAUACCAGCCUCCAGUGGAGCGGGAGGGAGGGAUGAUUCAAACGUGCGCGAUGGUAGAGGCUUCAAGUCGUUGAGCCAGGCACAAUUGCUGUCCGACGCCUUAUACUAUGCCCCGACCGGUGAAUCACAACCAUGGCUUAUAUAUUACAUCUCGAGACCGCUUGUCGGUUCCUUCGAGCCCGCGAAAAUUAUCCCCGCGAUUGUUCCUGGAACAGGUUCUAGGGUUGACCCUUCUCAGGCCAGCGCUAAGCCUGGUGAAACAGCCGGCACUAUCUCAACGCCCCCAAAAAAGGAGAUCCGAACCUUUGGGGAACUGCUGGCCAACUUCCCCAUGAUUGCGCGGCAGAUGCAGCCGGGGUUGGAAAGGUUGUUUAGGGAAUUCGGAAAAGAACUAGGAAAACCGUUACCACCACCGCCGUCGCGGUCACCCAUGCUAGAUGAUAACGAAUCUGGCCGAGUUCGCGAGGAGUCGAUUGCCGAUGAAAACGGCUCCAUCAAAAGUUCAUCGUCCCGCCGCAGCAAGGGUCUUCCAUUCAAUUCUGAAGAGUACUUUGAAGAUGACGAAGACUUAAUGCGUCGUAGCCUGGAAACUGCUGUUACAGCUGCAAUUGAUCUAUUUCGCCUAGUUGAUCAGCAACAGCUGUCUCUUCUCGGAGCAACUACCGACCUAACAGGCCCAGUGGUUGAGCGCUAUAUUGAACGCUAUGUUGCGGAGCAGGUUCAUGAGUCGCUCCUUUUCCCGCGUCUGUGCAGCUUCCGACAACCGGAAGAUAUAGAACUAGAUGCCAGGAUUCGACAAAUGGAGUAUGUCGACGUUUCCCAGGUUGGCCUUGUUGUGGAGGGUGGGCGCGACGGUAAACGCGAGCUUCUUCUGCGGCUUGGUAGGGCAGUGGAGGAAUUUCGCAAAAUGCUGGACGCGAAGUGUCCCCACGAUAUGCUUAAUACACUUCUGGAGACAGUGAAGGUUCUAUCCUAUCCGGGCGAAUACAAUAAAAGCGAUGAAAAGCAGUCAGCCCCUGUGACGAUAAACGCCGACAUCUUGGUAUCUCUCUUGUUGAUCGUGGUGAUCAGAUCUCAAGUGAAGAAUCUUCAAGCUCGGUUGCUGUACAUGCAACACUUCAUCUACGUUGAUGAUGUUGAUAGUGGAGAGAUGGGCUAUGCUUUGAGCACAUUUGAAGCGGUCCUGACCUAUUUAAUGGCUGAUCCUGCGGGACUUCGACGAGCCAGCAUUCGAAAUAAACGCUUGUGGAAUGCUACCAAAGCUGGGCGCGUGGCUGAUAUGAAGGCUAUUCUAGAGCCGGAUGGCUAUCACGAAUCCUUCUUUGAGGCGUACGACGCUGCUGAUUCGCAGGAGCAACCAUUGGACGAGGGGCAACCCAAUCGGGAUUCCCAGCGGAUGCUUCCCCUAUUUGGAGACCAAAUACAAACACGCGAUGAGGGUCUGGAAGCAGCUUCGGAGGCGCCUCCUCUCGCACACGUAUUUCCAUUCCAAACGUGGGAGGCUUCUUCGCCCCGUGACACGAAGCCUCCCAUUAAGCGGGUGUCGAUGGAUGUCAGGAGCCUGUCAGAGUCAUCAGGCAUUUCAUUUUUGUCACGGACUACCACUCUGAACUCAAUCAGCAGCGCCAUUGAAGGAGAUAGCUCGAUAGAGACAUUGGUCAAGACACAAGAUCCGCAUGGUGAUUCAAUAUUAAUGAUGGCGGUUGAGAGUCGCCGAGCUGAAGCUCUCAAAUAUCUCCUAAGCUUGGGCGAGUAUUACUCGGUUACUGACGUACUUGAGGAUACGAACACAGAUGGAACCACUUUACUCAGUGCUGCUGUUCAGCUUGCUCAAACCGAGAUUGUUGACCUUCUACUCGACUAUCUAACAGCGGCAGCUGACGAGGGUGCCAUCACAUCUUAUUUACGCAAGUUUGACGAGCGAGGGCGCACAGCCGCACAUUAUCUAUUUAGCACGCCCGCAGUAAUGCGAAGACUCAAAGGAUUACUCCCCUGGCGCCAACGUGAUAAGCUUGGACAGACGCCGCUUUUCGCGUUGUGUAGAUCAUACGACCAUCCUGAAUACAAGGCAAUGGUGAACGAGGCCCUCACAGCAGCUCAAGAGUCUCAAGGGGAUGGCGAGCCUUUGCACCUCGACGAUCACGUCGACUCCAGAGGCAAUACUCUCCUGCACAUCGUCAGCGAUCCCGAAAUCACCAUACGCAUCCUCAGAGAAAGUGACUGUGACCCAAACGCCACCAAUGACAAGAAAUUCACGCCUUUAAUGAUGGCCAGUAAAUAUGGGCGUGUCGACCAAGUUCGCAUCCUCUUCUCGGACUCAAGAGUGGAUCAUCACCUCAAGGAAUCCCGUGGAUUGACUGCUAUCGAGCUUGCCAAGGAUGAUGAAGUUCGAAACCGCAUUGACGACCUAAUCCUCCUUUCCAAUCCGCCUUCUUCCCACGACGAGUCAUCCGGACGGGUCACAACCGUAGUCCGCUCCUUCUUCGUCGAAGACGCAACAGUCCGCUUUGUUCUCAAAUCAGGCGCACCAACACCUCCUAUUGACGGCCAAGAUGUGCCUGCCCAUACAACAAUGUACACAGUGACAACAUGCCGCCGUACAUUGUCUGACUUUGAGACCCUCGCCGAAUGCCUCUCGCUUGAACACCCCGCCUCCUACAUGCCCUCGCUCACCGACUUCCGCAACCCCUUUCAAAUCCACUCAAAACCUUCCCGUGCCGUCCUCCACAACAUGCAAGAACGCCUCGACCGCUUCCUCAAGAUCCUCUUGUCUCACCCAACCUUCUCCACCCACGAACUUCUCUGGGAAUUCAUCCUCGUUCCCGAACUCCAGCCUCAAAUGAUGGCCGACCGCUCUCACCGGAAAGCCCAGGCUCUGUCCGAAUCCAUCAUCGAAGACCAUGACCCAAUCACUUCAGAAGGCAUCCGUGAAGCAGAGCAGUUCAUUUCCCACGCGCAAGACAUGGUUCACGCAACACACACUCACACCCGGUCUCUCCUACGCCGCGGACACGCCCUUCAAAAUGCGACCUCCGACAUCGCGGACGCCGUGGCCCUCGCUGCAUCGGUCUUCUCAACCCUCAAAUACUCAACCAACGCCCUUCCACCAUCUCACGUUGAUGCCUUUUCUCGCUACGCAUCCUACCUCUCAACGUCAACUUCAGACUCCUCUCCACUCCUCCAAUUCCUGUCGACCCUCUCCUCAAUCGAUACGACUACCUCCGCAAUUUUAUCUUCACUCUCGCGCCCUCUCUCCCUAAUUGCGUCUUUAAAUUCCUCAACACGAACCCUCACGCGCUCCCGCAACGCGUUAGCUUCAUCCUCAUUACCCCGCAAAUUCAACCUCAACUUCCCUGGCCUUGAAGAGUCACGUCUCCGCUCGCUCCGUGACUUGCAAGAAAAGAUCACGAAUAGUGAGGACCAAAUUGCAAGGCUUUCUAGGGAGAUAAGCUGGAAUAAGGAUGUUGUUGUCGGUGAGCUUGCGGGCUGGACGUCCUGGAGGGAGCAGGUUGGACGUGGGGCGAUUCGGGAUUUUGUUAGGAGCACGCUCGUUAGGGAAAAGGAGAGAAAGAGGCGACUUGAGAGAUGCUUAAGGAGUGUGAGGGAUGUUGAGUGAUUUAAUGGUUGGUCAUCGCCUGGCCCUGGCGACUGGGUUUCUCAUAGAUACAUUUAGCCUGUAGACAUACUUCUUUUACUCUUUAUCUGCCAAUUUCUUCAAUUCAUGUAUGGCUACGUGUGGAAAUAUCUCUUAUGAUAAUGAUAAUGUGAUGCUGAGGUUACGC